AAACCAUUAUAUAUAACAAGUUUGAGUAGAAGCAUAGCAGCUGUACUUGUGAGUAGAGAAGUAAGAAAUGGCGUCCUCUAUGAUAUCCUCCCCAGCUGUGACCGCAUCUUCAGCACAGGCUAGCAUGGUGGCUCCAUUCACUGGCCUCAAGUCCAUGGCUGGCUUCCCAGUUACCAGAAAGACCAACAAUGACAUUACCUCCAUUGCAAGCAACGGUGGAAGAGUGCAAUGCAUGCAGGUGUGGCCUCCAAUCAACAAGAAGAAGUUCGAGACUCUUUCCUACCUGCCUCCUCUCUCCCCUGAGUCAUUGGCAAAGGAAGUAGAAUACCUUCUUAGGAAGGGAUGGAUUCCUUGCUUGGAAUUCGACAUGGCUUUGUGUACCGUGAGAAUAAUAGGUCACCUGGAUAUUAUGAUGGACGCUACUGGACCAUGUGGAAGUUGCCCAUGUUUGGCUGUACUGAUUCUGCUCAGGUGUUGAAGGAGCUUGAAGAGUGCAAAAAGACAUAUCCUACUUCUUUCAUUCGUAUCAUUGGAUUUGACAAUGUUCGCCAAGUGCAGUGCAUCAGUUUCAUUGCCUACAAGCCCCCAAGCUUCUAAAUUUGAAAUUUGCAAAAGGCAUUUGUAGCCUUCCCUCUACCCCUUUUGUUGGAAUUGGUUUGUUUGAAUUUUACUUUUAAUGUAUUGUAAGAACCUAUUUUCCCAUUUGUUCUGCCUUUUUUCUUUUUGAGAUAUAUCAUCCUGUGUUGGCUUC